AGUUUCAGCAGCACUUUGACUAAAAAAGAGCAGGUAUUUGGAUCAUAUUAGAGUGGUUGUAAAUCAUUUUAACUCAGAAUGUUCCGAAAAGUCUGUUUUGGAUUUUUUGACGUUACGCUGGUCUUCCUCUUGUUGUGCUCCGUCAAAAGCUUGCUGCUGAUGGAUCACCGCAGAGAUGCAGAGGAUGACCAGGAGCGCAAUAAAGCUAUUUUGGAAAUGCUACAUAUCAAUAAAGUGUCUGCAAGCCAUCAGGCUAAGCCACAUCCCUACAUGAGAGGGAUCUAUCAGCGUUUGAGCUCACUGGAAACACAAGACUUUGGGAGUUCGGAUGGAACGCUGGUGCAGAGUUUUCGGAGUGUGGAUGGUCCACAUCAAGCUCCUCCAGGAUGGAUCUGGUUUAAUGUCAGCAGCCUCAACCCCUCCAUGCUGGGCGUGGAGCUGGUUCUGUUUAGGAAAACGCUGCAUCCCUAUCCCAUCAGCGUGACCGUCACCCUACACAGUGUCACAGCUUCACGGGGAGCUCUGAAAGAAAGUCCUGCCAUCGAGGAGAGACUGCUGACCCUGGACCAGCGAUCCUCAUCCGGAUAUGAUGUGUUUGAUGUGUCAGCUGUUCUUCCUGUGAAGCCUCUGGAGGUAGUGGGCUUUCAGCUGCGUUACACAGAUGAGAGUGGGAGUCUGGUCCUGCAUGAAGCCCUCACACAGAGUCUUUACUGUCUGGCCAGAGGCUCCCUGAGUGAACCCUUACUGGUGCUCUAUCAGUCCCACCCUCUUCACAUCUAACUCUGUGACCACUGUUAGUGUAAAUAUACCAUAUAGAUACUUCUUUUUUUAAUUAAGGCAUAUCUAACCCACUGGCGAACCUGGUCU